CAUUAGCAGACAUACCGUCGGUCUAAGAGGAACACACUAAAUACUUACUAACUUACUAACCGGGAUCAUGGUCAGAAAACACAUCAUUUUCGCCGUAUUUUUCCUUUGUUACAUUUCUGGGAUUUACAACAAAGACCUUUCUUUCAAUGGGCUUACAUCAAAACUUUCCAAGUACUCCAUUGUAAAUCCUCAGGUGAUUCACAGAAGAACAAGGACUGUCAACAGACCGCCACAGUCAAAAGAGAAGUAUGGAGAGGAGACAAUAUCAUAUGCACUCAACAUAAACAACAGAAAGCACCUCCUUCAUCUAAAAGCUAACAAAGACUUUUUACACCCAAACUUUGAUCAGUAUUCACAUGACACCGCUGGUAACCACAGUUCGUCAUUCAUAAGACAUAGGCACUGCUAUUUCCACGGAGAGGUGGAGGGAUAUGAGAAUUCAGUGGUAGCGCUCAGCACAUGCUCUGGCCUCAGGGGAGUGAUCAUCUUUGGAAAUGAGACCUAUGGACUUGAGCCUAUGCCAGAGUCCGCCACCAAUGAGCAUCUUCUGUAUGUAAUGAAGGACAUUCAGUCUGAGCCUGUCACCUGUGGGGUCGUCGGUGAGGCUGAAUCAACACAAAGCCACGAACCCUUUGAACCUGGCCACUCGCUGACUUCACUGCUGCGGAGGAAGCGCAAUUUGCCACAAACUAGCUAUGUGGAGUUGGUGCUGGUUGCCGAUCAUCUCAGGUAUGAAUUUAAGGAAAGAAAUGAGACGGCGGUACGAGAAGAGUUGGUGGAAAUGGCUAACCUGCUGGACGCGUAUUACAAACAACUGAAUAUCCGUGUCGUGUUGGUGGGCCUGGAGAUUUUUAAGGACGGUAAUCCAUUUGAUGUGGAUGGCUCUGCAGGAGACGUGUUGGGGAGGUUUGUUCAGUGGAGGAAGACGACUCUGAUACCAAAGAUCAGGCAUGACAUUGGUCAACUCCUUGUUGGUCAACCGAACCCAUACAAUGGAGGUGUAUUAGGUAUGGCCUUCGUGGGCACCGUCUGCUCCGUAGCGACAGCUGGAGGAAUCAACGUGUUCAGUAACAACAACCUGCCUUACGUCUCCACUGUUGUGGCGCACGAGAUGGGACAUAACCUGGGUAUGAAUCACGACAACACCCGCUGCAAAUGUAGUGGAGAAGCCUGCAUCAUGGCAGCCAGUGCUAGUGGUUCCACCACUUUCAGCAGCUGCAGUGCAACAGACUUUGAGACUCUGAUCCUCCGUGGAGGAGGCGUGUGUCUGAAAAACCAGCCCUCCCCGUCAGAUGUGGUUGGUUCUGCCGAAUGCGGCAAUGGCCGGCUGGACCAAGGAGAGCAGUGUGACUGUGGCAAACCAGAGGAAUGCAAUAACAGAUGCUGUGAUGCUGCAACCUGCAAGUUUACACGCGGGGCCGCCUGCGCUCAGGGGAGCUGCUGUGAAGACUGUCAGAUCAGAGUGUCUGGAACGCCGUGCAGAGAGUCUGUCAACGCCUGUGAUCUCCCUGAAUACUGUGAUGGAAAUAGCGGGUUCUGUCCCGACGACUUCUACGUCAUGGACGGCCUGCCAUGCCAAAACAAUGCCGCAUACUGCUUUGAGGGCAGAUGCCAGACGUAUGAUUUCCAGUGCAAACAUCUCUUUGCACCAGAUGAAGCGACAAAGGCAGCAGAUGUUUGUUUCCAGCAUGCAAACACUCAGGGAAACUUAUUUGGAAACUGUGGCAUCACCAGCAAAGUAGAUUUCAUCAAAUGUCCUGUAGCAGACGCCAUGUGUGGAAAGGUGCAGUGUACUAACGUGGACGUCAACAACCCCCCUCCUGGUGCCCAUGUCAGCAUCCAAAUAGUUGAAGGGUCAAGAUGUGUUAAUGCAGACUUCAACCUCGGCACAGAUGUGCUAGAUCCUGCCUACGUUAACACUGGCAGCCCUUGUGGUACAGGAAAGGCCUGCCUUGACUUUAAGUGUGUAAACGCCACUGCUCUGUUGCCCAAGUUGGUCUGUGAUGCCCAGACCACCUGCAAUGGCCGAGGGGUAUGUAAUGACCAAGGGAACUGCCACUGUGAAAACGGGUGGGGCCCACCCCAGUGUGCCAGGUCAGGGCGUGGUGGCAGCAUAAACAGUGGUCCGGCUCAGAUAGACUACUCCGUCAGGAACGGCCUGUUGAUCUUCUUCCUGUUGGUGGUUCCUGUUCUGGUCCUUCUCAUUCUGGUGCUGCUCUACACCUUUAGGAGAGAUACCCUGAACCUCUGCCUGAAAAGAAGGAGGAAGUUUUCUUAUUGUAGGCCAGGUAAUGCUCAGAAUGGAACUCCAAAUGGACAGCCAAACACACAUGUUCGUACAAGUACCACGACCCAGCCUCCAGCACAGACUCCACCUGAUAGGCCUGGAAAUCUGCCAGCUACCGCAGCUCCAAUUUCUGGUUUCAGGUAUGGAGAAUUGGAUUACUGGAAUGCAGAAACAAGCGCUGCCCCUGCACGACCACCGGCUCCUAGGCAGGGCCCCGGAGUGCCCAGACCUAUCCCUCCCAAGUAGCCACCGCAUUGAUUUUCUUUUUAUACCAAAUAUAUGAAUGUAUGGAGUUUAGUACAGCUUUACACCGUAUGAAGAGACAAUUUUAAACACUGUGAUUAUAAUAGACUCACUGAAACCUGUUGCCAGCACCUUUAUAAGGUUGGCUGUAGUAACGUGGUCUUGGUUAAUGUGUAAAUAUUUAGUGGUAUAUAUAUGUUUUAUUCGAGUCAUUGCAAAUAUGUGCACACAAAAUGUAACAAAAAACAAUCUUUUGUAUUAUGUUUUUCCCCCCCCAAAGUAUUUUAAUGAUUUUGUGAAUUUUGAGAUCAUGGAUUUUGAUUGUAAUAAAAAACAUGUAUC